AUGGCCAAGGUCGAGCGCGUCGUCUUCCUGUCCCUGGUAUUGGACCUCUUUGCAUUCACCAUCCCGCUCCCUCUCUUCCCUCGUAUUAUCGAGUGGUACACCAAGCGUGAAGCGUCAGACCCCAGCGGCUUCUUGUCCCAGAUACUCUCCUUCGUUUCGUCGGCACGCGGGCUUCUGUACCAGCCUACGUCAAACCCGCGAAGAUGGGACAUCGUCCUCCUCGGCGGUCUCAUGGGCUCCGUCUUCUCCUUGCUGCAGUGGUUCGUUUCCCCGCACAUUGGUUCCCUGAGUGACAAAUACGGACGCAAGCGAAUCCUCCUGCUGACUAUGAUCGGGAACCUCUUGUCCGCCCUGGUCUGGGUCUUCUCCACUUCAUUCGCCACGUACCUGCUCUCCCGAGUGAUCGGAGGUCUCAGUGAAGGCAACGUUCAGCUCGCAAUUGCUAUCCUAUCGGACGUUACCACUCCUGAGACUCGUGCAAAGGCACUGGCGCACGUUGGCAUUGCCUUCGCGAUUUGCUUCUGCAUUGGCCCUCCCAUUGGCGCGUACUUCGCAUCGCGCCCUCUCCCCGCGUCCUUCACUGCGUCCGGGAUUGAGCUCAACGUUUACGCCCUUCCCGCGGCACUCACCCUUGUCCUCCUCGCCCUCGAAACCGUCUUCCUCAUCUUCGCUCUCCCAGAGACCCGCGGCAAGGCUAUCCCAUCCGUAAAAGUCGCCACGAAUGGUGCUGCGAACGGCAAGGCAAACGGGCAUGCCAACGGCACUGCCAACGGGAGUGUCCAAACCUCUCGGCAAGGCACUGUCACGGAACGCAUCUCAAUGCUGAAGACCCUCCAGCACCUUCACUUCCUGUUCCUUGGUGUCUUCUCGGGUGUCGAGUUUACGCUCACUUUCCUCACCUUUGAUCUGUUCGACUGGAACAACAAGCAAAACGGCGCUCUCAUCGGCUCCAUUGGCAUCGUCAGCGCCCUCCUGCAAGGCGGCUAUGUUCGCCGCGCCAUGUCCAAGGUCGGUGAGGGCAAGAUGGCUCGUCGCGGGAUCAGCAGCUGCGCUAUCGGCCUGGUCCUUUUGACCAUUCUCCCCCACAUGGUCUCCGACCACCCCACGAUCGCGUUCCGCCUUCUUCAGGGCGCCUCGGUGUGCAUGGCGAUGACGUCGGCCACCGUGGUGAACGCGCUCACGGCGCACGCGUCGCUGCAGUGUGACGACGUCACUAUCGACCCGGACACCGGGAAGGCUGUCGAGGAACACCCAGAGCUCGCGAAGGGCAAGGCGUUGGGGAAGUUCCGCUCUUCAGGCCAGCUGGGCCGCGCGAUCGGACCCCUGCUCGCCUGUGCGUCAUACUGGACUUUUGGCCCGUCUCCGACGUACGCAGUUAGCGCCGUGGCCAUGUUUGCCCUUGCACGGAGAAUGUCGUCUGUAACUGGCAGGAGAGCGGUGAAGACUGAGUAA